UCCACCCUACAAGACUCCCAACUCUCAAAACGCUAUCCCUUAAGCGGACCAAACGACAUGGCGGUGACCACAGGCCUCAUCUCCUCCACCUUCUUCUCCGGCGAGACGUCGUCGUUCGUCAGCCUUCCUUUCUCCUCCUCGUCCUCCUCCCUCAGGUUCGCCCCCGCUAACCUGCGCAUGGUGCGCAUCCCAACCCUUGCCACUGCCUCGAAGCCGGCCACCACCACCCCCCGCGAGCCCCGCGGCAUCAUGAAGCCUCGCAAAGUCUCGCUCGAGAUGCAAGCCCUUGUGGGUGCCCCUGAGAUUUCUCGCACCCAAGCUCUGAAGCAGAUUUGGGCCCACAUUAAGCAGAACAAUCUUCAGGACCCCCAAAACAAGAGGAUCAUAGUCUGUGAUGAGAAGCUGAAGCAGAUCUUUGCCGGGAAGGACCGUGUUGGAUUUCUUGAGGUUGCUGGAUUGAUCACCCCCCAUUUCCUUUGAAUGAACCUUAUGUCGGAGGAAAGAAUUUGGAACUGCAGAUCAUUUAAGAAGCAAAAUGUUUUUGUAUGUGGGGGUUGUGUUUUGGUACUGGUGAAAAGUCAUGCUUCUGCAUUGUGCUUCUCUAAGUGUUUAGUUUUUGUACUUAAGGAACUUUAGCUAUAGUUAGAGUUUUGCUUUUGGAUUCCUUUUUAUGUGGUAGGCUUUCUAUAUUAAGCAAUGUCACUUCUGGGUCUGCAUUGCUUAAAAAGCUUUAAAUUUUGUGGAACUAUUGGGGUCCAAGAGUUUUAAUUCAUGCUGUUAUAUUUCCUCA